UGAUUGGGUUGCAUUUAGAUUUCUUCAAGUUAUCUGAGAUAACGAGCAGCCAAUAAAUAUAAUAAUUGGAUAAUAUUGAAUAUCUGAUUAUUAUAUUUAUUAUAUUUUAAUAAGUUGUAUUAAAUUUAUUUUGUUAUUAUUAUUAUUUUUAUGGUAUUUUUGUUGUUAUUAUUAUGAACAAUAGGCUCUUUUUGAAAAUAAAUUAUGUCUACAUAUGCAGGUCCUUGGAGGUUAAAUCUGUUCAGGAGCGCCACCUGGACAACAAUAUAAUCAUGUUUUCUCUACCACAGGUGUCUCUCACUCAGAUACUUUCUUUGGCAUGCAUCUGUCUGUCUCAGGGCCGUAUUAAGAACAGAGUUCAUAAACAUAUCUACAGCCUCAGUUUGGGAGAAGCAGGGGGACCUUAGUCAUGGGAAAGAGACUCAUAUCAUUCACAUUCUUUUCUCUAUUACUAAGGCUGUGGGUAUGUUGAGGCCUUCUCUGCCUCUAAUCUGACCCUGAGAAAGGCAGAUGUUACAGAAGAAGAUUCAUGAGAAAUAAACAACUAUUAUAGGAAAACAGGUGUUGUUUAGUCUGAUGUUCUUUAGUCUGACAUUCCUGAGCAGACAAAUUGUCUCCGCAUUGGGUUGUAAUCUAAAUAAGGCAUUCCUCCCAACUCAAUAUAUACCCAAGGUUGAAGAGAAACCUCAGAAUUCAUGCUGGCAAUGCUCACAUGAAUGUGCUGCUUGUUCUAUCACUUUUCCUGACAUCAGUAAACCUUAUUCUCAACCAAAGUCAUCUGAGUCUCCAGAGUGUCUCUGGAUCUGCCUCCUCAGUAUUCUCUCGACAUCGCAGAAUUUCCUUAACAAUGAUCCAUUAUAGGAAAUAUGUGAGAAACCAUGAUAAACCUGAAAUUAAACUUGAUAUGUGACUAGUGUCAAACUGUUGCUUUUUAUCUGGUGUGGUAAAUGGUUGUAUUUAUAUAGCGCUUUUAUCCAAAGCGCUUUACGUGAUACGUCACAUUCACCCAUUCACACACACAUUCACACACUGAUGACGGAAGCUGCCAUGCAAGGUGCUAACCAUGACCCACCAGGAGCAAUUAGGGGCAAACUUCCAGUUACAAGACGGCCACUCUACCCACCGAGCCAUGCCGCCCAGUAUGCAGUAGCAGUGUGUGUGUGUGUGUGUGUGUGUGUGUGUGUGUGUGUGUGUGUGUGUGUGUGUGUGUGUGUGUGUGUGUGUGUGUGUGCAGGGCUGAAGUUCAGCAACAUUGUGAAACGUCUUAUCAUGUGACUGAAGUUUCAUACCCACAUUCUUGGUUGACUAUUUUGUUUCUCUUUCAAACACAUGUUGAGACUGAAUCUUCUACUUUGGCACAAGUGAAAUCCAGAACUUCCACUUCCUCUAAGUGUUUGGGAAUGUUCCUGAGAAGGUUGUUUUCUACUUUAAGACAGUCAGUCUGAGUUCCCUCCCACUGAGAACAAGCUGCCAACAAGCCACUCCUUCAGAGAACUGUCAGUUUGUGCAGAAGAAAAUGGCUCAUGAUCAGGAAGCGUUCGACUGCUCCAUCUGUUUACAGGUUCUAGAGGAUCCAGUGACCACCGCCUGUGGACACAGUUUCUGUAUGAAAUGCAUCAACACCUUCUGGGACACAAGAAACAACAGAAGAGGAACUUACAGCUGCCCUCAGUGCAGGCAAACUUUCAAGACGAGGCCUGUCCUGAAGAGGAGCACCGUUCUGUCUCACCUGUUGGAGGAACACAAGAGGGCGACCGGUGAAAAUGCCGCCGCUGGUGAUGAUGACGAUGAUGGUGACACCUUUGCUGCUCCUGGAGAUGUGCCGUGUGAUGCCUGCACAGGGAGGAAACAUAAAGCUUCCAUGUUCUGUCUGGUGUGUUUGGCCUCUUUCUGUGGGACUCAUCUGCAGCCUCAUUUUGAGGUGCCACCUCUUAAAAAGCACAAACUGAUUCAAGCCUCAGCGAGGAUCAAAGAGAGCAUCUGCAGCCGUCACGACAAACUCCAGGAGGUGUUCUGUCGCACCGAUCAGCAGUUCUUGUGUCUGAUGUGUGCUGUGGAUGAGCACAAAGGACACGACACUGUGGCGGUCUCGGCAGCAAAGUGUGAAAUGCAGAGAAAGCUGGAAAAGUCUAAACAGGACGUUGCAGACAGGGUUCUGGUCUCACAGAGGAAAAUAGCAGACCUGAAGGAUGCUGCAGAUUCUAUAAGAGACGCUGCCUGGGAGACCUGUGAUGACUUUGAGCGACGUAGCCUGGACUUCAUCCCCGUUUACAUCCGCUACGUGAAGAGGAAAUGCUCCGAGAUGAGAGAGAAAGUGGGAGAAGCAGAGAAAGCUGGAGUGGACUGGACCACGAGUCGCCUCGGGAAGCUGCAGCGUGAAGUGUUUGAGCUGAGGAGGAGAGAGAAUAAACUCCAGCAGCUUUCGCAGACAGAUGAUCCCAUCCAGUUCCUUCUGGGUUUCCAGGCCCUGGAUGACCUCCCUGUGUUCACUGACUCAGAUGAAAGAUUUGACCUGACAGAAUUUGUCACUGCACAAAAAGAUAAAAUGAAAAAUAUGUGCGACAAAGAAAGCAAUGAAUUAAUCUGUAAUUCUGGGGAGAUUAUGUUGAAAAAAUCAAGACUGCAUGAGGAGAUGCCAUCAAGGGAGAACUUCUUGCGCAAAUACACUAAAGUGAAGGUGGAUCCCUGCACAGUGGCUGCAUGCCUUCACCUGUCUGAAACAAAGACAGAGAUGUCGUGGAGUGACAGCGUUCAGGCUCUUCCCCACGCCGACAGAUUCACCCACUUCUACCAGGCUCUGGGUGAAAAGGGCCUGGAAGGGAAACACUACUGGGAGGUGGAGUGGGAUGGAGGCAUCAUUGAGGUGGCCGUGUCGUACAAAGGCAUCGAACGAAAUGGCUCAGGGAAACAAUGCUGCUUUGGACACAAUGAUCUGUCCUGGAAACUCAUCUGCUCUCCUUCUGGCUGCACAUUUUGGCACAAUAAUCUGCACAGAAGUGGAAUAGCUCCAGUUUGCUCCCGCAGAGUCGGCGUACGGCUCGAUUAUAAAGCAGGAAAUCUGAGUUUCUACAGUGUUUUUCCCCCUGACAGGCUGAUGCUGCUGCACCGAGUCCAGACCACCUUCACUGAGCCUCUCUAUCCAGGGUUCUCUGUUCAUUUAGGGGCAAUGCUUAAGAUAUGCCACAUCUGAGUCUGUCCUCAUUAAUGAGCAUCAUUUGCAGGACAUUUAUCCUUCAGUAACAGAACAGAAACAGUAUGAAUAAUGUGAACAUGAACAAGGUUUUGCAAAUCUGUGUGUGAGAAACAUUUAUGUAUGCUGGUGUAAAUAAAAAGCAGCACAUUUUGGAGGUCCUUUGUUCUGACAGAGACCAAAAAUAUAGUCAUUUUCAUUUAGCUGUUUUAAAAAAAAAUCUUUUCUUUUAACUUUUAAGUACCAAAGAUAGUAAACUUGAAAAAGCACAAGAUGAAUGUUUCAUGCCAUUAUUCAUUGGUAGAACUUGUACUCAUUUCUUCUGUUAAUUGAAAGAUCAAAUUUCAGCUUGUUUUUAGUGUAGAUGGAGACCAAAAUCCACACUUUUGUGUAAAAAAUGCAUGAAUACGUGAAGAUAAUAUGAGAUUUCAGUCAUGUGAACUGAGUAAAAAUAAGCAUUUUCCAGGUU